AUGAGGGAACUGAGAAUGUCUGGGUGUCUGUUUCACGAUGAUCGGGACAUGUUUGAUCAUAUGCAGCAUGAUCUACAAAAAGCAAAAUGGUUACCACGGAAACAUGCGCACCGGCUUGCCAUGGCCGUGUGCGCUUGUAGGAAAAACAAAUCUUCAUCUCCAAGUGAAAAAGAGUUUAGUGAUGUGAAAUCCAGAAGCCAAGACACAUUGAAUCUCCUUGCCGAAGAUUCGGGUUCGUUUCAUCCCGCGUCACACAGUUUUCUCUGCGAUGCAAUUGAGUCAGCUAGUCCUACUGAUCACAGUCGUUUCAUGUUGAUGAAGGUACUUGUUCAAGCGCAGCAGAAUGAUUGGUCACUCUUGUUCAGACAGAAUAUCUGCUCCAAUAAAUCCAUUUCUGAACGAGAGAUUCAGAGAGAAGUUAACAAGAAGAAAAAGCUUACAGAACAACAGAAGGAAAUCAUAAAACAGAAAAGGAUAAAGAAAAUGAAGAAACUUGAUUCAACUGAAAUAACUCUGUCAAUAUAUCCAGGAAACAUGAAAAAGCUUGAAAAGGAGAUUGGAAGUGGCUUGCACCAGUUUGCAAGAAAAAAGGACACUUACAUUGAGUUUCAGGCACAGGUUAAUUCUGUAAAUAUGGCUGCAAAUAAGCAAAGCACUGUAUUAAAAGUUUGGGGUAAUCUGGAGGACGUAUCUUGCCUCCACUCCCUGCUUGAAGCAAGUGCUUGCAAGGUGCAGAAAGAAAUGGAUGAUCUCAGAGAAGUAAAAAUUAGAGCAAUGUCAGAAAAGAAGAAGCAAAAAGCCUUGAAUCGUAUAGUAGCUGAACAAAAGGAUCAUGUAUACAGGGAUCUCGUUGAAAAUUCAAAGGAAUUGAAGGAAGAUGACUUUGUUUUGAAGGCUCACAAGUCGGCCAAGAACAGCAAGGGCAAAGGAAAAGGUAGUCACAACACAAGGCCGACCACAACAGUGUUAGACGGCGGUCACUGUCUCCAUUGUUACAAGCCGUUCCCCGGACUGCAUGACACAACCACCUGUAAAUACCAUGCCGGCUAUAAAGCGGAAGAUGAAAUGACGGGUGACCACAGAUGGUCAUGCUGUGACCAGUUUGUGGACACUGCGGCUGACCAUUACACACAACACAAAUCGACAGGGUGUUGCGAGGCAAAGGUGCACAACUGGCGAACUCAUGAGAAGGCAAAAGGCAAGGAUCAUGACAAGAGCAAGCUGUACUCUUACCACUAAAUCCAAUUGUCAUCAAGACUUCAUUUGUGGCUUAUACCAAUACUUAGGUUGGAUUUUCUGAUCUGGACUGCAUGCUUAAGAAUGAUAUUUUGAUCAUUCCAUUGACAUUGCCUCUGUUUUGACGGAAUAGUGUAAAGUCUCAUGUUGCUUGCAAUUAAGGACAAAAAACAAACAAAAAGUUAACUAUGUACAGAAACAUUGCCAUAGAGUUGCUGUAAUCGUUUUUCAGUUUUAGGAGUUUUUCUAGUGGAUUAAUAAUGUAUGUCAAUAUACAUAAUUACAUCUAUUAUUUUAUAUUACAUGUAUACACUAAUGAUAUAAGUAUGUGUGUUGUAUAAAUAUACUGCCUAACACUGAAAAAAGAAUCACUUUAAAAGAUAAUUUGACACUUCAGUUCUUUCUCACAAAUGUUUAUUGUUACAUGCGAUAACUUCUGUGUAUAAUAUGACUUGUUGUUAUUAUUUUAAAAUUUUGUUAUGUUUAUUUUUGCGAUCUUUUACAUCAUUGUUCAUUUGUGAUACAUGUCAAUAAAAUGAC